UUGGUUUUCCAAAUGUCCCUCCUAUAGGAAGUAUACGCACCGAAAAGGGCAGUCGGAGCGCAAAAGUCGCACCAUCGCCAAAUAACUUCGAGGCAAGACGCGCCGCUUCUCAUAGGCCUACUCACUUACCGAGUGGAGAAAUAUUUGUAAAAGUGGAAGUUUCUCUUUGGCUUGACUGACCGGCUGCCGAUUCAACGGCAUUUAGAUUUUGGGAGACAUCCGAUCAGAAGGGGCAAUCAGAAGUCUAAGAGAACGGCUGUGUGCGCGCACAAACCGGCUUACCCAUCACACCCAACUGCGCGUUUGUUUUGGCUCCAGUAGACCUUAAAAACAUUGCAAGUAAGCCGUGAGAUGACCCUGUCUGGGGGCAGCGAAAGAGCCAGCGACAUGUCCGGCCAAACUGUGCUUACAACGGAGGACGUGGACAUCGACGUGGUUGGCGAGGGAGACGAGGAAGGCAUGGAGAGGGUGGACAGCGACUGCGACAGCCCGGGGGCAGGCAUCCUGCACGACCUCCGAGGAGAGAUGGCAGACGAGGAGGUGGAAGACGAGAUCGAGGUGGAGAAGGAGGAGAUACGGUCCGGUGGAGGGAGUCCGUGCUGUGAAAGCUCCGGGGAGGGAGAGACGGGCACCGGAAAGGGAGAAGGUCAUGAAGGGAGCGCGGCGACAGGAGGAGCGAUCCAGAAGCCCAAAAGCAGCCUGGUAAAGCCGCCUUACUCCUACAUCGCUCUCAUCACUAUGGCCAUACUCCAGAGUCCACAGAAAAAGCUCACACUCAGCGGGAUCUGUGAGUUCAUCAGCAACCGUUUCCCGUAUUACAGGGAGAAGUUCCCGGCGUGGCAAAACUCCAUUCGUCACAACUUGUCCCUCAACGACUGCUUUGUGAAAAUCCCUCGGGAACCUGGCAACCCCGGCAAGGGCAACUACUGGACCCUGGACCCAGCCUCAGAGGACAUGUUCGACAACGGCAGCUUCCUCAGGAGGAGGAAAAGGUUCAAGAGAGUUCAGCCGGACGUGCUCAGGGACCAGACUGCGCUCAUGAUGCAAAGUUUUGGUGCGUACAGCCUGGGGGGACCCUACGGGAGGCACUACGGGAUUCACCCGGCUGCAUAUUCCCAUCCGGCGGCUUUGCAGUAUCCGUACAUCCCCCCUGUAGGUCCCAUGCUGCCCCCAGGAGUCCCUCUCCUGCCCUCUGCGGAGCUGAACAGAAAAGCGUUCAACUCCCAGCUCAGCCCGAGCCUUCAACUCCAACUCAACAGUCUGAGCACGGCGUCCAUGAUCAAAUCAGAGCCGUCCAACAGACCAUCUUUCAGUAUAGAAAACAUCAUCGGGGUCUCCAGCGCCUCCUCGACCUCACCGGGCGCCGCUCAGGCCUUCCUGCGGCCUCCGGUGACGGUUCAAUCGGCCCUGCUGAGCGCGCAGUCACUCUCUCUGACCCGGACCUCAGCCGCUAUCGCGCCCAUCCUCAGUGUACCAUCAAAUAUUAUUUCGGGACAUGUUUUACCCUCAGCAGCGGCGGCGGCAGUGUCCAAAUGGCCUUCACAGUGACUUGAAACCGAGAAAACAAAAAAACUCUUAUUUUUAUAUAGAGACAUUAUUAAUGGGGGAAGUGGGAAGAGCACAAAUCAAUAGGCAGCACUGGACUCUGUAGGCAAAGAGCGCUGAAACACAAAACAAACAUGAAAACGGAGAUUUUCUGUACAGGUAAUAUUUGUAAAUAUUUGUUUAAAAAUGAUAAUGAUCGUUUUACCGGUUUGACUUUUACCUGUCUUUUAUCCGUUGGUUUUGUUCAGACCUGUGAUAAUUAUUUUAUUUUUUUGUAAUUUUGCUUUUUAUCAGAAGCUCAAAUGGACACGAUUUUUGCUUCAUUUUC